AGACCAUCCUGAAAGUUAUCAUUCUUUCAUGUGGCAUCAUCUCUUUAAACAUAUUGACAUUCUUCCUCAAAAUGUCCAUAUUCUCGAUGGUAAUGCUGAUGAUCUUGAAGAGGAAUGCAGGAAAUAUGAAGAUAAAAUUAAGUCUUUUGGUGGUGUUGAACUAUUUUUAGGAGGAAUCGGUCCCGAUGGCCAUAUUGCCUUUAAUGAACCCGGAUCUUCGUUGACCUCAAGAACUCGUGUUAAAACCUUAGCCUAUGAUACUAUUCUUGCAAAUUCUCGAUUUUUUGAUGGUGAUAUUAGUAAAGUUCCAAGAAUGGCUUUAACUGUUGGUGUGGGUACCGUAAUGGAUUCUCGUGAAGUUGCUAUCAUCAUCACAGGAGCUCACAAAGCUCUAGCUUUAGCGAAAUGUGUUGAAGAAGGUAUUAAUCAUAUGUGGACUGUCUCAGCGAUUCAGUUACACCCUAAAGGCCUUAUUGUUUGUGAUGAGGACGCUACUCUUGAGCUGCACGUUAAAACCGUUAAAUAUUUCAAGAGUAUAGAUCAUGUAAUUCAUGAUCUUAUUGGUACUGAAAAUGUUGGAUUACAAG